AUGUCCGUCACUUCAACUCAGACCUUGUUCGAUUUUGCUGGUCUCCCUACCAAAGCAGCUCUCUACCUUUUGGAUCAAAUCGGUCAAACGGUCGGAGAACCAACUCUUUCUUGCCUACUUCGGGUCAAUCAUGCCAUGUAUGACACAUUCGCCCCAUACUUGUACAGGAAGCUUGAGAUCAACGCACGCAACAACCAAAAGAUCUUCUAUGGUCUCAAUUACGACAUAGAUCAGGAAGCGCAGUGGAGCGGAGGUGAACACAGCAAUAUUAUAGCUCAUGCAUCCGCACUGGCAUCUCAUUACCGGAAAAUCAAACUCCUCAAUUUGGUGAAAACUCUCGUCAUCACAGAUUUCGAAGGUGCUGAAGCUAUCGCCAAAUCUAUCCAUCCCGAACCUUUCGACGAGAUCGCACACGACGAGGUCACCAGGAGGUACACGAAUGGUGUCGAGGUCAAACGUGGUCUUGUUGAAGCAAAACCUAUGAAUCCUCUGAUAUUUUUAAAUGUUGAAAACGUCGGUCUCGGUCUCAGUCUUCUCAGUGAAGAGUCCAUUUUUCCAGUGUGUAAUUUUCACGUUCAUCCCAAUCCUCAUCCAGUCGUAUCCGUCCUUCGGAUUGGUCUUAACCCUCAACACAUCUGUUACGAUCAUGAAGCCUCUUCCUUGUUUAUCAAUGAACAACAAAGUUACCAAGAAAGAUUCGAACUGGGUUUAGGCCUAUUAGUAGGAAAUUGGAGAUUCAAGAGCUGUACCAUUCAUCAGAUGGAUGAAAUCCCUUUUCCUUGUGAGCACGGUAUAAUUCGAAUUCGAGUGUUCUACACAGACAUCCCUCCAGAGACGGAAGAAGAAGACGAAGUACAGAUACUUUCGCGAAUCAUCGCAGAUUUCAUUGAUAGUACCUAUUGGUGUUGCGUUCAUCCUCAAAAAGACGAAAAGACAAAAAUUGAAAUCAUAUGUCCCGGUUAUCAGGGUUAUGAGAUCACUCCUGAAGAUAUCGUCGAAGCUGGGAACAAGCGAUUUUCAGGAGGGUUCAGGUCGUUUAGCUGCGGUAAAGACAGUCUUGAGGUAUGUAUGGAGGCUGCUGAUAGAAGAUGGGAAAAACGAAAAACCAGUGGUUGGUUUGAGGACUACUUCAGUAUCGUAGCAUGGGAAGAGGCGGAACCGUGUGUUUGCUGUGGGAUGAAGUAA